AGGCAAAACAUGCAGACAACCAGACUCUCGCCGCUGUUCUCUUAUCCUAUGGUACUGAGCUAAAUGAUCCCCUAAGUAUGGCAAUUGAACUUCAUGCCCGACCGUUGUACUUUUCGGACCGCUCGAAUCUUGUGCCGUAUGUGAGCGACAGGUCCCUCUCCCUCCUCGCUCCAAUAGUAGCCUAUUGGAUUUACUCACUCUUCUUCAUGCUGCUGGACCAUUCGGGCUGGGCUUGGAUCAAUAGGUACAGGAUCCACGAGCCAGAGGAAACCAAACAAAGGAACAAGGCAACUGUUCUGCAAGUUGUGAAAGCUGUUGCUCUACAGCAAAUAAUUCAGACCGCACUCGGUUGGUGGUGGCUUGAUCCAACCGAUAAGGACAACGUCGAUCAUGUCCAGGCCAUGCUGGGCCUAUAUCGCUCCAUAUCAUCCUUAUUCCACUACAUUCUUAGUCCGGCAUACUACCAGAGUUUUAUGAUUUCAAAUGGAUUCAGUGUGGUGUCAACUCUCUACUGGUGGUUAUUUCCAGCAGCGCAGUUCGCGUUGGCACUUUUCGUGAUGGACACCUGGCAAUAUUUCCUGCAUAGGCUAUUCCAUACCAAUCAAUUCCUCUACCGCAAUUUCCAUUGUGUUCACCAUCGACUAUAUGUGCCAUACGCCUUUGGCGCACUUUAUAAUCACUGGUUCGAAGGCUUGUUAUUGGAUACUCUAGGUGCUGUUAUUGCACACACACUCGCCGGUAUGACUGUGCGACAGGGGAUCUUUCUUUUUACAUUCUCCACACUUAAAACCGUCGAUGAUCACUGUGGUUAUGCUUUCCCUUUCGAUCCGUUCCAAGUCUUGUUUCCGAACAAUUCCACAUAUCACGACAUACAUCACAGGGUGUGGGGAAUUAAAUACAAUUUCAGUCAACCAUUUUUUGUUCACUGGGAUGCAAUCCUCGGGACGAGAUAUGUUCUGCCCAGGCAUAAGGAUGAAUAAUUCAAGUAUUUUUCUCAUUCACUACUCGCCCGUCCAUUAUCAUACGGCCUAGCUGGUAGCCAUAAUGAUCAAACCCGGAAUCGAAGAUAUGCCAUUAGUAGAGCUGCACAGCCAGUUGCAACUGUGACCAAGUACUGAAGAGUAUUUUG